AUGGAUGUGAAAGCAAAAAGGAGAAAUGAGGUAGAGAAUGGUGAUGAAGGAGAGGAUUUAGUUCUAGCAACUUUGAUUGCCAAUGGAGAUGAUCUUAGUCCUCUUGUUAGACAUGCCUUUGAAAUGGGCCGGCCCGAGACGCUUCUUCGCCAGCUUAAUUUCGUGGUUAAGAAAAAAGAAGCUGAAAUCGAAGAUAUGUGCAAGACUCAUUAUGAAGAAUUCAUUCUCGCAGUUGAUGAGCUUCGCGGCGUGUUGGUUGAUGCUGAGGAGCUGAAGAGUGAACUCCAGAGUGAUAAUUUCAAGCUGCAGCAAGUUGGAACAACCCUUCUUGUCAAACUCGAGGAGCUUCUUGAAUCUUAUUCUGUCAAGAAGAAUGUGACGGAAGCUAUUAAGAUGUCGAUGAACUGUAUUCAGGUGUUGGAGCUUUGUGUCAAGUGCAAUAAUCAUAUUUCUGAAGCACAAUUUUAUCCUGCAUUGAAAACUGUUGAUUUGCUUGAGAAGAGUUAUAUGCAAAGUAUUCCUGCUAGAGCUCUUAAAUUGGUGAUAGAGAAGAGGAUUCCUUCGAUAAAAUUGCAUAUUGAGAAGAAGGUGUGUAGUCAGGUUAAUGAAUGGAUGGUCCUUAUACGAAGUUCUUGCAAGAAAAUCGGGCAAACAGCGAUCGGUCGCACUGCGUCGGUUCGUCAAAGGGACGAAGAGAUUCUAGAAAGGCAGAGAAAGGUUGAUGAUCUAAGUAUUUCUGUUGUCGACGAUAGGGUAUAUAGUUUGGAUGUUGAAGAAGCUGAUGAUGAUUCUUCAAUGCAAUUUGAUCUCACGCCGCUUUACCGUGCUUGUCAUAUUCAUAGUUGUAUGGGGAUCCUAGAGCAGUUUCAUCAAUACUAUUAUAAGAAUAGAUUGUUACAGUUGAACUCCGAUUUGGAGAUAUCGUCAUCGCAGCCUUUUGUUGAAUCGUAUCAGACACUUUUAGCGCAGAUUGCGGGGUAUUUUAUCGUGGAGGACAAGGUUCUAAGGACUGCUGGGGGACUACUUGUAGAGGAUCAGGUUGAAACAAUGUGGGAGACUGCUUUGUCGAAAAUGACAUCAAUGUUGGACAUGCAAUUCUCGCAUAUGAACUCUGCCACGCAUCUUCUCUUGAUUAAGGAUUACGUUACACUUGUUGGUUCGACUCUUAGAAAAUAUGGAUAUGACAUUAGCCCUUUAUUAGACGUGCUCGAUAGCUGUCGCGACAAAUACCACUUGCUUCUUUUGGCAGAUUGUAGGCGAAAAAUUAUCGAUGUUAUUGAAAACGACUCGUAUGAGCAAAUGGUGGUAAAAAAAGAAACUGAUUAUGAGAAUGAUGUUCUGUCAUUUAGUCUUCAAACUUCUGAUAUUAUGCCUGCUUUUCCUUACGUAGCGGCGUUCUCUUCGAUGGUACCUGAAGCUUGUCACAUCGUGAGGUCGUUCAUCAAAGGCUCUGUUGAUUACUUGUCUCAUGGGGUAACAACAAGUUUCUUUGAUAUUGUGAGGAAGUAUUUGGACAAGCUUCUGAUUGAAGUGUUAAAUGAAGCAUUACAGGACACAAUAAAUGGUGGAAAUAUCACUGUGUCUCAAGCUAUGCAGAUUGCUGCAAACAUUUCUGUUCUUGAAAGAGCUUGUGAUUUUUUCCUUAGGCAUGUGGCUCAAUUAUGUGGAAAAGGUGUCUCGGUUCGAUCAAUCGAUAAGCCUCAAGCUGCAUUAGCUGCAAAGGUGUUACUGAAAACUUCAAGGGAUGCAGCUUAUAUUACCCUGCUGAGUUUAGUUAACGCAAAAUUGGACGACUAUAUGAAACUCACAGACAGUGCUCUUUGGACUACGGAAGAGGCAAAGCCGAAUGGAAACGAGUACUUAAAUGAAGUGGUUUUUUACCUCGAUUCGCUUAUGUCUACAGCGCAACAAAUUUUACCCUUGGAUGCUAUGUAUAAAGUCGGAACUGGUGCACUUGAGCAUGUCUCUGAUAUAAUUGUGGCUGCUUUUCUCAGUGAUAGUGUCAAAAGGUUUAACGCUAACGCAGUUAUGAAUAUUAACAAUGAUCUUAUGAUGUUGGAGGGUUUCGCGGACGAGAAGUUUUAUUCUUCUGGAUUGGGUGAAAUCUACAAGGAUAGUUUUAAGAGCUGUUUGAUAGAAGCGAGACAGUUAAUCAAUCUUUUGUCAAGUAGUCAACCUGAGAAUUUCAUGAAUCCUGUGAUAAGGGAGAAAAAUUACUAUGCACUUGAUUAUAAGAAAGUUGCUAACAUUUGUGAUAAGUUCAAGGAUUCUGCAGAUGGUUUAUUUGGAAGCCUUUCAAAUAAAAAUACGAAGCAAAGUGCUAAGAAGAAAUCAAUGGAUAUGCUCAAAAAGAGACUGAAGGAUUUCAAUUGA